CAAACGAAUGCCUCUCCCAGUGAUGCAUGUGUUCCGGUGCUUCCUGGCCCAAGGUCCAUUCGCUGGCUUUUCUUUCAAACCUCAUUCAUUCUCAGCGAUCCAGGCCAGAAAGUUCCUACUGCAGAGCGGAGGGUGACCGUGUAGUUUUUACCUCAGAUCUCCCACAAGUACUACCCACCCUCCCCCCAAAAAAAAGAUUCUGAAAAAUCAGUCCAGCCUUCUGUCAAGUCCAAGUAACAUCAUUGUCUUAACCACAAGCAGGAGAAAUGAAGCACAUAAUCAACCUUUAUGAGAACAUCAAUGAUACAGCAAGAAAUAAUUCGGACUGUCCUCAUGUGGUUUUGCCGGAAGAGAUAUUUUUUACAAUAUCCAUCGCCGGGGUGCUGGAGAAUCUGAUCGUCCUGCUGGCUGUGAUCAAGAAUAAGAACCUCCAGGCACCCAUGUACUUUUUCAUUUGCAGCCUGGCCAUUUCCGAUAUGUUGGGCAGCUUGUAUAAGAUCUUGGAAAAUAUCCUGAUCAUGCUCAGAAACAAGGGUUAUCUCAAGCCUCGUGGCAAUUUUGAAACCACGGCCGAUGACAUCAUCGACUCCCUGUUCAUCCUCUCCCUCCUGGGCUCCAUUUUCAGCCUGUCUGUGAUCGCCGCGGACCGCUACAUCACCAUCUUCCAUGCUCUGCAGUACCACAGCAUUGUGACCAUGCGCCGCGCCGUUGCUGUCCUGGCGGUCAUCUGGACAUGCUGCACAUGCAGUGGCAUCACCAUGGUGAUCUUCUCCCAUCGCAUCCCCACAGUGAUCACCUUUACAUCAUUGUUCCCUCUGAUGCUGGUCUUUAUCCUCUGCCUCUAUGUGCACAUGUUCUUGCUGGCCCGUUCCCAUGCCAGGAAGAUCUCAACACUUUCCAGAGCCAACAUGAAAGGGGCCAUCACACUGACCAUCCUGCUUGGGGUCUUCAUCUUUUGUUGGGCCCCCUUUGUUCUUCAUGUCCUCUUAAUGACAUUCUGCCCAAAUAACCCUUACUGUGUCUGCUACAUGUCCCUCUUCCAGGUGAAUGGCAUGUUGAUCAUGUGCAAUGCAGUCAUUGACCCCUUCAUAUAUGCCUUCCGAAGCCCAGAGCUCAGGGAAGCAUUCAAAAAGAUGAUCUUCUGCAGCAGGUACUAGUAGAAUUACUGAUUCUCACCAGGGGGAUUAAUUAUCAUCACGGUGAUAAUAUUGUCACGUGAUAGAAUAACAUGACAUACCAACAAAUACUAACACUGCCCUAUCAUCCCUAGUGUGCAUGAGGAUGAGCCCACUUGCUAGUAUUUGUAAUAGUUUGGUUCUGUGUGAACAGGCUUGCUGGAGUACAACUCUUAUAACUAGAGAGAUAAAAUAAUGUACUAAAAGGGACAGAAUACAAAGCACACACAGCAAUGCAAAUUUGAGAGCUUUGGGCUAAGGGGAGAACUUGCUCUUUUAUAGGUAUCCUGUAAGCCUAUUACUGAGUGGCCUUUCCAGGCUAGAGGACACUAUAAGGGGUUUCUAGAAGUUAAAGUACCAGGACAAGUAUUCAGGCCAGAAACAAUAUGUAGGCCUUUGUAAGCCAAAGGUGCCAAUAAGUUGCUGCAGCUGAAUUUGCCUGUCCCACACCGCCAUGCAGAAGGCCUGCCCUCCCUCCCGCCUACCUGUCUGCUUUAUUAAAUGCCAUUUCAAAUCUUUUUGGAAGCAGGCAGGAUAUAAAUUAUAAAUGUCAAAUAACCAGCUUUGAGUUUUCAAGAAUGAAAGAACCUUCUCUGUCAGACUUCUUUGCUCACGCAGUACCCCACUGGCUUUACAAUCCUUUCUUGGUUAAAACUCCUCAUGCAUUAGUAGCAUACAUUUCAAAGGAAGAAAUAAAAAUUUAAUCAGCUUGGUUCCUGUGUGUAAAUAAAGACCAGAGGAAAAUUGUGACCAUCUGAAGAAGGUAUAUCCAAUCUUUGUGAAUUUGUCCAAAUGUAGAAGUAAAGGAAAAGAGGCCCCAAGCCCCAAUAUGUAUUUUUUUAAGUAAAGAGAGAGCGGGAGAGAGAGAUCAUCAUGCUUUGAAACUCUGGGAAAAACCAAUACCAAAAUAAUACUUCAAGAAUUUCAAGAACAGUGCUAUUAUUGAGAUCCAAGGCAGAAACCGAUGGAAAGACAUUUUAUUUCCUUCCACAGAUGAGUCUGAGAGACUCAGUCACUACAAAAUUUCAUCAUACCAUCAGCUACAGGACAGAUGCCAGAUAUUAAAAAGAGGCAUUGCCAAUAGGAAUAAAAGAAACAGUUUGUAAACUCAUCUGUUGUUAAUAGCUUAAAAAAUAAAGCUUAAAGAAGAAGCAGAAGGUGGGUGGGAACAGAUCAGCCAAAGAACUUGAAUGUAUAUUUGCAUAACCCAUGGACACAGACAAUAGGGUGGUG